AUGACUCCCUCAACAUGUGGCUUUGGCCCCUAUAUAGAUAAAGCACCGGCUCGUGGAUCUUUAGACCCAAGCACGAGCUCGUCCAGCCCUUACUACUCGCGUUUUCUUCAAGAACAAUCACGGCUAUCUUACCAGACGCAGCCGACGCAAGAGAACUCCUCCCCAGGCAGCAACCACCACUUAUUCAAUACCGGUCUCGGCGGUCCCAGUAGCGCAGUAGCAGCAGUUCCGAAGCCCGACACCAAACCAUCGGAUCUUCCCCACGACUUAAGGCCUACCUCCGCCAUCGACCCAGCAGCAGACAACUGGGAAAUUCUCUCAAAAACAGGGCACGAGAUCGACAGUUCCAAUACGGAGAAGGAGAGCUGCCAUGAAGCCGAAGAGAAGAAGGAAAGGGGCUCUGACAUGGCUCUGACUAUGACUCCAACGAAUAUACCACCGCUUCCUGGAUUCGGUUCCGAGAGGACGACGAUGCCAUGGCAGAGUGCGCCUCUACGACUAAUUCCUCAGUCCGCGUCGUCGGGGGGCACUCUCUUCAACCCACAGGCUCCUCCUACCACCACGACGCAGCCGCAGAUGCAGCCCCCUCAACCUUAUAACCAUUGGUCAGGCCCCUUUGCUGCAGCAGCACCAUACUCGCAUUGGCCCGGCGCCACUCCCACUCCCACUGCACCACCACAACCACAACCCGUGCCCGCGCAGCCAGAAGCAAGCAGCAGCAACAGCCAGCGCCCAUCAACAGUCCUGCAACAAGCCGCAGCAGAGACAGCAACGCGCCUCGCCUCGCUCGAGAAGCAGCAGCAGCAGCAGCAAGAAAAAGCGCGCGCCCCGCCCACUCUCACGCCCUCCGAGGAAAAGAUCCAGCAGAUCGAGACAGCGAUGCUCACGUCCAACGACCGCGCCGCGCUCGACCUACUGCGAGACCUAGUGGCGCGACACGAAGCGUGGGUUGCGCGGUCGAACAAGCAGCUGUCCGAGUGGGGGGCGCGUGACGAGGAGCGGCUGGCGCGCGGGGAGGCGGCGGUAGCGGAGCUGAAGAAACUCCGGCAGCGCGACCUGCGGCGGCAGAGGAAGGCGGCGCGGAAGCAGGGGGAGCAGCACGCGCGGCUCGAGAGCCAGUGCCGGAAGCUGUGCAAGAGCAUCGAGGCGCGGGAGUGGGAGUGGGAGGCGGAGGCGGAGGACCUGGGGGAGCAGAUGGCGAAGCUGCGCGUGCGCGGGGGCAAGGUGCGGAAGCAGAUCGAUGUUCUGAAGGAGAAGGCCGUCGCGAGCGAGGCCAAGAUCGGGGUGCUCCGGGGAGCGUUGGCGGUGGUUUUGGAUCGGGUGGGUAUUGACAGGGCUGGGAACGAAGAGGAGCGGGAGCAAGAGCAGGAGCAGGAGCAGGAGCAGUUUCACGCCGCUGCUGACGAGGAGGAAUACGAUGCCCCGAGUCUUCCUGACUGGCUCCCGUGCGACUUGCCGGAUGAGGACGAGGAUGCUUAUGACCCUAAUGACCCCUAUCCCUAG